AUGGCUGCUGUCCUGAAUUUCUGUUUUCAUGGGUCUGACCCACCAUCACCAAAUAAGUGGAACUUGGAUAACUGGUCAAAGAAGGUGAAUCCACAUAAAGUGUCUCUUGCAUCUUCAGUAGAAACUAAUGCAUCAUGCCAAGGAUACAAAAAGGAGAAUAAGGAGCAGGGCACUGGAGCAGGAAACACAGAAUCAAGUGGUCCAAAGGAGUCCAACACUACUUCUACCCUCAUGCGAGAUAUCAAGAGUGCACAAAAAGGCUAUGCCAGCAGCCGAGGCAGGCACAAGUCUCCAGCUGAAUAUGAGAGCACCACGCAAUGGAGAACUAUUGGGAAAGAAAUGUCCAAAAAUGCUGAAAAGGCAUCUGUAGAGGCACCACGAGGAGGACUCAAAAUAGAGAGUGUUCCUCUCUUUCUACCAUUGUUUUCUCCUUUGAAGAAGCUUCUUUCACCCCUUGAUCCCAAGGAUCGGUUACCUCUUGUUGUAAAGAAUGACUUCAACCUUUUGUUGACAAUACCUGGACGGCCUUACAAAAAAACAGGGCAGUCCAAGGUUGAAAACACAGCACCUGAGAAGUACCUAAAAGAAACCCAGAAACAGACUAAGAAAAGCUACAAGAAGGGGAAUCAGAAGCACAAGGCUGACCCUCCAUCAUCACAUAAGUGGCAGUUGGAUAACUGGUUGAAUAAGGUGAAUCCACACAAAGUGUCUCCUGCAAAUUCAGUAGAGGGUAAUAUGGCAUUAUGCCAUGAAUACAAAAAAGAGAAUCAGGAGCAGGGCACUGGAACAGGAAAUACAAAAUCCACUGAUCCAAAUGAGACCAACAAUUCUUCUACCCCCAUUCGAGACACCAAGACUGCACAAAAAGGCUCUAGAAGCAGCAGGCAGAAGUCUCAAGCUCAAUAUGAGAGCACCACAAAAAUAAUUGGGAAAAAACAAUCUAAAACUGCUGAAAAGGCAUCUGUAGAGGCACCACAAGGAGGAUUAAAAAUAGAGAGGGUUACUACAGCAGAAAUAACCACAAAUCUGCCCCCUAACAUACACAAAGCUGCUACAAAUUGCUCUCAAAAACACAAUGUAAAGAGUGAACUCAAAUCCUCUCCCUGCCUUGCAGUAGAAAAGAAAAAGUCUAAGCCUUUACCUAGACCCCUUCAGAAGUCCAGAAAGUUGGUUGAAACAGAUUCCUCAUCUUCUGACUCUGACGAAAAUGAGAGCCCAACCUCUUUAGUCCAAACUUCCAAAAAUUCAGAGAGCAAUAUAACUUCUCCUCUAGAACCCUCCAUUGAGCAGGAUGAUGUUUAUUUUCGCUCAUUAUUCAUUCCUAUGAAGGGGCUUAUUUCACCCAUUAGUGACCCUGAGGAUCGGUUACCACAUAUUGUAAAGAAUGGCUUAAACCUGUUGUCCCAAAUACCUGAAUGGCCUCACAAAAAUGAAGAGCAGCCCAAGGCUAAAAAGACAGCACAUGACACGCAUCCAAAAGAGGCCCAGAAACAGAUUAAGAAAAUCUCCAACAAGGGGAAGCGGAAGCACAAGAAUGAUGAAGAACUAAAGGGUAAUGAAGUCAAGAAAACAAAAGUGGAAGAAAAGACCAGAAAGUGCAAAGUGCCCAGUAAAGAGUUGUCAAAACCAAAUCCUGUAAAGGAAAGAGAGUUACUCCCUUCACCUGCAACCCCUGCUCUACAGAAAGAUUCCAAGUCUGAACAUGGGUCUCGAAAAAGAACCAUUAGCCAGUCUUCAUCUCAGAAAUCCAGCAGCAGUGGCAGCACAAAGGAUAGUGGCACCGAAAGUAAGUCUUCUGAUAAGCAAAGAAAGACUGGAAGUAGAAACAAGGAGACAAAGGAUAAACCCUCAGGUAAUACAGCUUCUGUCGCUGUUGUGCCAGCAGUCGAUAACAAAUCGUGGAGAGCAAAACUGACCUUCGAAGACAAAACCCAUUCAGCUGAUCACUAUCUACUGGAAGCGAAGAAAGUAAAGCACAAGGCUGAUUCGUUGUCAGACAGGUUUGAGAAAGCAGUACUCUACCUUGAUGCGGUGCUUUCUUUUAUUGAGUGCGGGAACGCUUUAGAGAAGAGUGUUGAAGAAUCAAAAUCUCCAUUUCGUAUAUAUGGUGAAACAUUAGAGUUAAUAAAGUACACCUUGAAAUUGGCAUGUCCUGCAGCCCCUGAUGCUACAUCAGCUGAUAAGAGACUUGCUGUUCUUUGUCUUCUCUGCCAAUCCCUUUUGUACAUGAGGUUUUUCAAACUGAAGAAGGAGAGUGCAUUGAAAGAUUCCAAGACAUUAACUGAACAGCUAAUGAACUCUUACUGUAAUUCUCUAGCUCCAUCUCCUGGGAUGGGAAGCAAAUCCGUAAGUAUGCCUUCCCCAGUGUCUCCAGAGCUGUCUCCCAGUAAUUCUAAUAGCUAUUCGUCCAAUGCAUCCAAUACUACUGGAGGUACAGCAUCUGUGACUAUACCACAGACCAUUCACCAGAUGACUGCCAUCUAUGUCCAGGACACGUCUAGCUUCCUUUAUGCCAAUGAAAUUUGGGACCAAGCAGAACAACUCUGUGCAGAGCAAAGUGAAUUUUUUUCUGAACUGGAUAAAGUUAUGGGCCCCCUGAUCUUUUAUUCCAGCACCAUCCCAGAACUGGUUCGCUACACCCGUCAAGGCCUACACUGGUUACGCCUUGAUGCCAAGUUUAAACAUUAAGGACCCCAACCAACUAGAAUCCUUUCUUGCUGCCUCUACUUGUAUCCACAACACUGUGUUUUGUUGCGACUGGAAGACUGCCAUAAUUUACAGAUUGGCUUAUCACAUGGACAAAGAGCUUUUAAAAAUAUUUUUUUAAAGUAUUAUGAAUUUUUAUUACUCCCAAUCUCUACA